AUGGCUGCCGGUAGGGAUCGUGCAUACCGGAAGAGGGCCGGUCUCGAAACAAGAGCAGAGACCGAACAGAAACAAGGCGACGAAAUCGGACCCGGUGCUGAAAGAAUAAGGUCCAGCACCUCAAGCAGGCGGGGAACCGACGCUAGGCUUGAAUUCGAACAAACGCGGACCAUUGCGGAGGAAGAUGAUCGCCCGCCGUACAGCGCUUCGUCGGACAAGGCAAUGGGCAAGUACAAAGCCCAGGCGAAGGAUUCAGGCUAUCAGCGCGACGGUCGCACGAGGGCUGAAAUGACCGAACCGAGGCCGCUCGGGCGGUCCAGCAGACAGAGGUCUUCUAUAACAGAAAAACCGCGUGACGAACCCAACCCGGAAUACGAGGCUAACCCCAUCGGUUCUGGUUACGAAGGUAGGUCAGCUUCCAGGACUAAGUGGAAAGCGCGCAAGCCGGAGCCGGUGGUGCCCAAGAGAGAGACGAGGCGCUCGAUUUCCGAAAAUGAUGAUCGCGAGAACCUCGAGAAUGAUACGAGAAGCGAGUAUGCGCGAAAGGCGAUCCUUAAAGAGCCCUCGGAACCUCUGGGACGAGAAGGGAAAGCCGAUAAGGCGACAGACGAGAUUCGUGAGCGUGGUGAACGCAGAGAGCGCGAACCAAGCGCUGUGGUGAAGGAAAUGAAGACCGCAACUGAGUCGAAGGAACCUCCGGUGUCUACGAAAGAAGGCCCCGCAAAGCAAGUGUCAGAAGAAAAAGGCCCAGACAAGACGCCUGCGGUCGUCGCCGAAGGCGUGUUGGACGACGAAGACAAGUACUCCACGGACUCGGAAGACUAUUACGAAGAGGUCACUGAAGAAGUCUUAGAGCCUGACCCCAACGACUGGCGGCGAGGACGCAGCGGAGUUAUAACGCGUCGCACGACGCGUUCCACUUCGAAAAAGCGAAAGUACGCCAAGCCGAACGCCCGUAAGUCAAGUCCGCAGCCCAGUUCAAAGCAUAAGACAACCACCACUAGCGAGAAAAAGCAGCGCGACGACGAGAUUGACUCUGAAAAGAAGAAUGAGACCACUACUAGCGACGCAGACGACUCGUUCCCGCCAGCGCAAGAUGGUGAAGAGAAGGAGACAGGAACGUGCCCCUGUUGCGGAUCCUGCUGGCCUAGCCACAUGGAUGAGUCGCGGAUGAAGGCGGCUCAAGGACAAAGCAGAAUUUGGCGACGUCGCUUGCGCCGUGGUGAUGAAGGUCCUGCCGGGGACGAAUGGUACGAGGUGCGUAAUUUCGGGCCCAAGCAGAACUUGCGCUUCAAACGAAAAACCGACAACGCCGACAAGGCCGGCGGAGGUUUACAAGGAAGCGUGCAGUUUACAGAGCGAAUGCCUUCUCCAAACGCGCCUUCGUCAGCAUCCCCACCCCCGUAUUCCGCGCCGCAACUAUACUCCCCGGCAGUACAGGGGCAAGACGUCUACUUCAGCGCCUAUCAGCCAAACCUACAAAGCCCCUACCAGAGACCCCAACAGCCGUUGUUCCCAGCUCCGAUGGCCUUUCCGCAGCCGUACCCGAUGCCACCAGCGGCGAUGAUGGGCGCGUACUGCGGGGCUGUCCAGGCGAACUCUGCGACGGCGUUUCCCGCGGCUACCAGCGGCUUCUGUGCCACUUGCCGCGCGCAAGCGCACUCGGGCCAGCUCUCGUACCCGUUCGGCGGUGGCCAGCCGGGGCCGACCAUGAGCGUGGAGGACUUCUUACGCCGCGAGCAGCGUGUGCGCCAAGAAGAGAGGCUGCGCCAAGAGGAGAAGCAGCUGCGUGAAGAGAAGCUGCGACGCGAAGAGCGCCUGCGCCAGGAGGAGCGGCUGCGACGCGAACAGCGGGCCCGCAAGGAGGAACGAAGGCGGCGUGAGCUCGAGGAGGAGCGACUGCGCCAAGAAGAACGGCUGCGCCUCGAAGAGCGCAUUCGCGAGGAACAGCGGCUCUCGUUGGAAGCUCGCCUCGAGCAACAGCGCAGGGAGCGCCUCGAGAGGCAGCGGCGCGAGCGACUCGAAGAGCAGCGCCGCUACAACGACAGCCUGCGUCGAGCGCUGGCCGAGCAGAGGAUGGCCAUCGAUCGCGGUGCUGCGGUCCCUCCCAGCGGCUUCCUCGAUGAGGUCCUGAUUAGGGCCCGUCUACGACCGGCGCCUAGCUCAGUUCCGAGUAGAAUGGGCUUGCAGGACGGGCUCAGGACCUCGUCCCUGCGUGAUCUGUUGCUCAGGGAGUCGGAGCGGCCAGCAGCGUCGAUGCGAGGCACCAGUCGCCCUGUCCGCUGGGAAGACGUGCAUCGCUACACUGAGAAGGCCGGAGACCCGCGAGACGGCUGGGGACCUCCUUCGCGUGGCGGUGGCAGGUUUCGCUAG